AUGGAUACACCCACAUUCACCGUGGAUGCCAAAACCGAGGCCCACACGCCGUUGUUCUAUCUGAAUGGCCAGAAAACCCACCAGCAGGUGCUGUAUCAUUUCAAUCCCCUGGUGCUGCGGUACCACUACGGGCUGCUACAUCCGAUGAAGCCCUUCCGCCUCAUGUUGACGGACCACUUGGUGACGCUGUACCGCCUCUACGAUGUCAUGGACGUGUACGAGCCACGAGCAGCUACUCGCGAAGAGAUGACGGCGUUCCAUUCAGCCGAUUACAUCGACUUCCUCAAGACGGUAGUUCCCGACGUUAAGCUCAGCGACGAGACGAUGUGCCAGUUUAACAUCGGUGACGACUGUCCUGUGUUUGCCGGGAUGUAUGACUAUCUGCUGAUGUACGCCGGAGCUUCGUUAGAUGCCACUAGAAAGCUUAUAAGUGGCAUGAGUGAUAUUGCCAUUAAUUGGUCGGGAGGCCUCCACCACGCCAAAAAAUUUGAGCCACUGGGGUUCUGUUACGUUAACGACAUUGUCCUUUCCAUUAUCAAUUUACUUCGAGUCCAUCCACGGGUGAUGUAUAUUGAUAUCGAUCUCCAUCACGGCGAUGGGGUCCAGGAAGCAUUCAAUACUAGUGACCGGGUGAUGACGGUGAGUUUCCAUAAAUAUAACGGGGAGUUCUUCCCCGGUACUGGUUCUGUCGACGAAACCGGGAUCGGUAAAGGUGCUGGCUACGCGAUCAAUGUGCCUCUCCGCGAUGGUAUUGACGAUGACUCCUAUAUUCGCCUUUUUAAACUGGUGAUGGAACCGCUUAUAGCUAAGUUCCGGCCAACAGCUAUCGUCCAACAGUGUGGUGCUGACUCGCUUGGCUACGACCGUCUUGGCUGCUUUAAUCUUAAUAUUCGUGCUCACGGUGAGUGUGUCAAAUUCAUCAAGCUGUACGGUAUUCCCAUGCUUGUAGUUGGUGGUGGUGGCUACACGCCACGCAACGUGAGUCGGCUUUGGUGCUACGAGACCUCCGUGCUCAACGACGUGACGUUGGACGCCAAGAUUCCCAACUAUCUCGACACCUACAACUGGUUUGGGCCCGACUACUCGUUGCACCCGCAAUUGGAAGGACGCAUAGACAAUAAGAACCUGAAGAAGUACUUGGAGCUGGUAAAGACGACGAUCUUGGAGCAGAUCCGCCAGCUAGGUCACGCGCCUCUGGUGCAAAUGCAACAGGUGCCUCCGGAUAUCCUGGGGCUCACUGAGGAAGAGGAGAAAAUGAUCCGUGAGCUUAACCACGAACAAGAACGACAAAAAGCAAUUGAGAAGGAUAACGCUCGCGUGGGUGAAGUGGAAAGCUAA